GGUGAUGAUGUGAUGGGAACCUCAUUCUCAUCCUCAUCAUCAUACAUGCGCAUUUGGCGCUAUUUAUGCAGCAUGGCGCUGGUGUGCACAUCUUAAUCCGGGGAGCUCGCGUGGACUGAACAAAACGUGAUUUUCCCCCACGUUUACAUAAAUAGUUAAAAACGGGUUUUCUAUUUAAAAAACGGAUAAACACGGAUCAGGUCAAUAAGUAAGUAAGAAGGAAGGGAGGAAAGAGGAGUACUCGGCGGUGCGAGGCGUGCAGGACAGCGGCGUGCGGGGGGAAAUCUACCGGCCUCCUUAUUUUUUUUUGACCGGAGCCUGGAGGUUUUGUAGUCGUGCCGAAGGUCCGGGAUGACGGUGAACUUGGACAAGGAGGCCUACUACCGCCGGAUUAAACGGCUGUACGGCAACUGGAAGAAAGGUGAGAAUGAGUUCGGGAAGGUGGAUGCCAUCGUGGUGUCUGUUGGAGUAGAUGAGGAGAUUGUGUAUGCCAAGUCCACCGCCCUCGAGACAUGGCUGUUUGGCUACGAGCUGACAGACACCAUAAUGGUGUUCUGCGAGACCAAGAUAAUUUUCUUGGCCAGCAAGAAGAAGCUGGAUUUCCUCAAACAGGUGGCCGUCACGAAAGGAAACGAAAACGCAAACGGGAUCCCACCGAUCACGCUCUUGGUUCGAGAGAAGAAUGAAAGUAACAAGGCGAACUUUGAAAAGAUGAUCGAAGCGAUCCGCGGCAGUAAAUCGGGGAAGACGGUCGGCGUUUUUAUCAAAGACAAAUUUCCCGGAGAGUACAUGAAGAGCUGGAACGACAUGCUCACAGCCGAGGGCCUGGAGAAGGUGGACAUCAGUGCAGUGGUGGCAUAUACAAUGACGGUCAAGGAAGAUGGAGAGCUGGCUCUGAUGAAGAAAGCGGCUUCAAUCACCAGUGAUGUCUUCACAAAGUUUUUCAAGGAACGGGUCAUGGAGAUCGUAGAUGCUGAUGAGAAAGUAAAACACAGUCGGCUAGCCGAAUCGGUGGAGAAGGCGAUAGAGGACAGGAAAUUCUUGGGUGGUGUGGAUCCCUCGACGGUGGAGAUGUGCUACCCUCCUAUCAUUCAGAGUGGCGGUAACUACAGCCUCAAAUUCAGCGUGGUCAGUGACAAGAAUCAUAUGCAUUUUGGCGCAAUAACGUGUGCAAUGGGCAUACGUUACAAAUCCUACUGUUCUAACCUGGUACGUACGCUUAUGGUGGACCCGCCGCAGGAAAUGCAGGACAAUUACAACUUCCUUCUCCAGGUAGAGGAGGAGCUACUCAAAGAGCUUAAGCAUGGGGUCAAGAUCUGUGAUGCCUACAAUGCAGUCAUGGAUUAUGUCAAAAAGGAGAAACCAGAUCUGGUUAGCAAGCUUACAAAGAACCUUGGGUUUGCCAUGGGGAUCGAGUUUAGGGAAGCAUCUUUGGUCCUGAAUGCUAAAAACCAGUACAAACUGAAGAAAGGCAUGGUGUUGAGCGUGAGUCUCGGAUUUGCCGACUUGCUGAACAGCGAGGGAAAGAAGGAGGAGCAAAAGAAAUAUGCCCUGUUCAUCGGCGACUCGGUUCUGAUCAACGAGGAGGACCCAGCCAUCAUUUUAACACCAGUGAAAAAGAAGAUCAAGAAUGUUGGAAUUUUCCUUAAGAAUGAUGAUGAGGAGGACGAAGAAGAAGAGGAGAAUGAUGCCGAAGAACUGCUGGGGAAAGGAGCUCGUGCUACCCUUUUGGCUGACCGGACCAGGAAUGAGAUGACUGCAGAAGAGAAGAGGCGGGCCCAUCAAAGGGAACUGGCCAAUCAGAUGAACGAAGAGGCCAAAAGGCGGUUAACAGAACAGAAGGGUGAACAGCAGGUCCAAAAGGCAAGAAAGUCAAACGUGUCCUACAGGAAUGUGUCCCAGAUGCCUCGAGAGAAGGACAUUCGGGAAAUGAAGCUUCAUAUCGACAAGAAGUACGAGACGGUUGUCAUGCCGGUGUUUGGAAUAGCAACUCCCUUUCACAUCGCCACUAUUAAGAACAUCAGUAUGUCAGUCGAGGGAGACUACACCUACUUGAGAAUAAACUUCUUCGUUCCUGGCAGCUCUCUGGGGAGGCACGAGGGCAACAUCUUCCCCAACCCUGAAGCCACCUUUGUUAAAGAAAUUACAUACCGUGCAUCAAACCUUAAGGCUCCUGGCGACACGGCAGUUCCCUCCACCAACUUGCAAAACGCCUUCCGUAUAAUCAAGGAGGUGCAGAAACGCUAUAAGACACGUGAGGCUGAGGAGAAGGAGAAAGAGGGCAUCGUAAAGCAGGACUCGCUAGUCAUCAACUUGAACCGCAGUAACCCCAAGCUCAAAGACCUUUACAUCCGACCCAAUAUUGCUCAAAAGAGGAUGCAGGGCUCAUUGGAGGCGCACACCAAUGGUUUCCGCUUCACAUCAGUGCGUGGGGAUAAAGUGGACAUCCUGUACAACAACAUCAAGCACGCCGUAUUCCAGCCAUGUGAUGGAGAAAUGAUCAUUGUUUUGCAUUUCCAUCUCAAGAACGCUAUCAUGUUUGGAAAAAAGCGCCACACUGACGUACAGUUCUACACAGAGGUGGGAGAGAUCACCACCGACCUGGGAAAACACCAGCACAUGCACGACCGAGACGACCUGUAUGCCGAGCAGAUGGAACGUGAGAUGAGACACAAGCUCAAGUCUGCCUUUAAGAACUUCAUCGAGAAAGUGGAGACACUUACCAAGGAGGAGCUCGAGUUCGAAGUCCCUUUCCGGGAUUUGGGUUUCCAGGGCGCCCCCUACAGAAGCACUUGCCUACUACAGCCAACAUCUAGUUCACUGUGCAAUGUGACUGAAUGGCCUCCUUUCGUAGUGACGCUGGAUGAAGUGGAACUCGUUCAUUUUGAGCGUGUGCAGUUUCACCUAAAGAACUUUGACGUCGUAAUAGUCUACAAAGACUAUAACAAGAAAGUAACGAUGAUCAAUGCGGUGCCCGUCAACUCUCUCGAUCCGAUUAAAGAGUGGCUCAACUCAUGUGACAUCAAGUACACAGAAGGAGUUCAGUCACUGAACUGGACCAAGAUCAUGAAGACUAUUGUUGAUGACCCUGAGGGAUUUUUUGAACAGGGUGGUUGGUCCUUCCUUGACCCUGAGAGUGAGGGAAGUGGUGGAGAUGAGGACUCAGAGUCUGAGAUGGAGGAUGAGACUUUUAACCCGUCAGCUGAUGAGGAAGAGGAGGAAGAAGAAGACAGCGACGAAGAUUACUCUUCGGAGACUGAAGACUCUGAUUACAAUGAAUCACUGGGCAGUGAAGAGGAAAGUGGGAAAGACUGGGAUGAACUGGAGGAAGAGGCCAGGAAAGCUGACAGAGAGAGUCACUAUGAGGAUGAUGAGACUACUACAAACAGGAAAAGGAAGGGUCGUUCGUCAGCUGCACCUCCCAGCAGCAAAAAGAAACGGCGGCGUUAGAACUUUCUCUCUCUUUCUCUCCCACACACACACACACGCACACUGCCAAAUCGUGGUUUCUUUUACCCUUUCCUCUCCGUUUCACUCUCUUGCCGUCGCUGGAAAGCGAGUGAUCAAGAAAUAAUGCAGAGAGCAGAAAGACAUUUUUCUCACCUUUUUAUUUCUCUUUGGCAUGUGUGUGCGUGCGCAUGAGUUCAUUAAAGAGGUUUUCUUGUAAAUUUCAACCUUUUUUUUUUUUGUUGUUUUUGUUAUCCAUAGAGAGAAGUGUUUGGUGUAAUUUUCUCUUCUUUCUCACCCUCCUCCUUCAAAUUUUUUUUUUUUUUUUUUUCCCCCCUUCCAUAUCUGUUCUUUUUGUCUCGUUUCCCCAUGUUUCGUUCUUAAGGAAGAGAUUGAAUACGUUCGUGUAUAGAUUAAUUUCGAUUCUUGAAUUCCACCCUCCCGCAUCGUUUUUGUAAGGGGUUUGGGUUGUAAAGGGAUGGAAGAGGGACGGACGAAGAGGUGGACACAGACGACCAAUUUACAUACGUUGAUGUGAACACGUUCUUUUGUUAUUACCAUUUUUCUUCAUUCUAUAUUGUAGUCUUGUAUUGUUUAAUAAUAAAAAAAAUCUUUUCCCCCCUUUUUUAAUAAAAAAUAAAUAAAUAAAAUAA